UCCCCCACUUCACUUCUUGCGCCUAGCGUUAACAGUCGUGAGAUUAGAACUGGUUCGGUGGUAACGGCAUGCAUGCACUUUUCUAGUGUCCGACGAGCUUGUCUGCGGCUGUUGGACUUGCAUCCUUUCAAACUCGUCGUCGUGCGAAUUAACUCUUCGCCAAGGGCGGCUGGUACCGAUCCCUUCGCUCUUUAAGUUUCGAUCCGCUCCCUCUUAGCUCGAGACGAUCACCCGCUCGACGCCGCCCGCUCGCGCAGCCAACGCUGGGCAAGAUGUCCUUCUUGUUUGGCCGAGCCCGCACAAGGACGAAUGCGACCGAUCUUGCCAAACAGGCAAAAGACCAUGUCACAAAACUUGAGGGACCAGCGGGCGCCGCAAAGGCCGAGGAGCUCGCAAAGGUGCUCUCACAGAUGAAGCAGGUUCUUCAAAGUUCACAUGACCCCGUCCUAUUUACUCUUCACCAACCCGCAGAACCGGAAGCCAACCGGGACCAGAUCUACCAAUUGGUCAUGGGCCUGAUCGAAGAAGACCUCCUCUACCUCCUCGCAGCCAACCUCCACCGCUUGCCCUUCGAGUCGCGCAAGGACAGCCAGGUCAUCUUCUCGUACGUCUUCCGCUUCCGUCCCGAGGCCGGGCCGCAGCGGCCCGAGCCGUUGGCCCUCGCCUACGUCGUUGAGAGGCGGCCCCAGGUGCUGGUGGAGCUGUGCAGGGGGUACGACCACAAGGAAAGCGCGACGCCCGCGGGCACCGUGCUGCGCGAGGUGCUGAAGAACGAGUCGGCCGCCAAGGUGAUACUCUACGAUGAUGGUGAUGAGCCCGGGUCGAGCGCGGGCGGCGUGGCGGCUAUCGACCAGGACCGUCCACAGAGUGGGAAGGGGGUCUUUUGGAGCUUUUUUGAUUGGAUUGAUAGAGGCUCGUUUGAGGUGGCGGCGGAUGCGUUUACAACUUUUAGGGAACUGCUCACCAAACACAAAGAGCUGGUCCCGCGGUACCUCUCGGUUAACUUUGAGCGCUUCUUCGACAAGUACAACCGGACACUAGUGCAGUCCAACAGCUACGUGACCAAGCGGCAGUCGAUCAAGCUGCUGGGCGAGAUUUUGCUGGACCGGUCCAACUACAACGUCAUGACGGCCUACGUGGACAGGGGGGAGCACCUCAAGAUAUGCAUGAACCUGCUGCGCGACGACCGCAAGAUGGUCCAGUACGAAGGGUUCCACGUCUUCAAGGUCUUUGUGGCCAACCCGCACAAGUCGGUGCCCGUGCAAAAGAUCUUGCUCAUGAACAGGGAGAAGCUGCUGCACUUCCUCUCGCACUUUCUCGAGGACCGCACCGACGAUGAGCAGUUCAUCGACGAGCGCGAGUUCCUCAUCAAGCAGAUCCGCAACAUGCCCCCCGCGCCCGUGCCGCCGCAGCGGUAGGCCCCUGUGAGCAGUCCCGCGCGUCGUGGGGGGUUGACUGUCAUUCAGGAGGAGACGGGGAGGGGGAAGUAGCCGGCGUUGGGGGCGUAACUGAUCAUUGUUUUCGUUCUCUUUUCUGGGUUUGAGCGGGAAAGCAAAGCAUUUUCGUGUAUGGGCCAUGAGCAUAUCCUGUGGGGGACUAGGGUUGUUAUACAUACGGUGCUACGACGGUUCUAAUGGGACGGCUGUAGCUUGGAGGUUAUACUCGGGUGGCCGAGGGGAAGCCCCUCCGCCUUUUCCAGUUUUGUCCCUUAAGAUGGACAGGGGGAGAGUGGAACUUCUUAGACCAGAGCACAUAAGAUUUCGUAAAUACUCCCUCUAUGGUCGCGAUGAAUUUAUCGCACACGUGAAUGCAACAGCCAGCCUGUGGAAAUCA